AAAUAUCAAUAAUUAUUAUUAUUUUCUAAAUUUCCGAUCUUGAUGUUUUUGAGAGAAUUCCUUUGUGGUUUUUGAUGGGUUUUCGUUUAUUUGAAACGGGUCGAUGAGAUUUUUAAGUUUCAUUGCGGUUUGUUCAAGCAAAUUUUAAUAUAUUCAUUAAGAUUAUUAUUAUUAUAUAUAAUAAGCCUAUAUAUAAUAUAAAUAAUAAAAUUUUGUGGGUUUUUGGUUUUGGAUGAUUUCUGUUGGGAGUAGAGAUGAUAGGAAGGGGUUAAGUUUCAGUUAUGGUGUUGAAGAUAUGGAUUUAGAAACUGAACUUGAAGAAGGGGAGGCUUGUUUUCAGAACAACAUUAAUAUUAAUAAUAAUAUCAAUAUUAAUAGUAAUUAUAAUAAUCAUGAUUAUGACGAUGAUGAGGAUGAUGAUGAUGACGACAAUAAUUCAACAAUUGACCCUGAUGUUGCUCUCUCUUAUCUUGAUGAAAAACUUCAAGAUGUGUUGGGACAUUUUCAGAAGGACUUUGAAGGUGGAGUUUCAGCUGAAAAUUUGGGGGCAAAGUUUGGGGGAUACGGUUCUUUCUUGCCCACUUAUCAGCGUUCUCCUGCUUGCCCUCAUCCAAAGACACCACCAAAAGCUCCUUUCACUAGCGCAUCCAUAUCUCCGAACGAUCUGCUUAUAGAGGGUGGUCGUCAUCACCCAGUUUCUGUAUCAAAUGCCUCUCUACCAACAAGACAUGGACUACUUUUGACUGGUGGUGUACCAGCAGCACCAAAGGGUCCGUCAAUGAAUGGUAAAGUGAAACAAGAAGUGCACGUGUCAUCUGGUAAGGGUGGUGACAAGUUUGCCUCUAAUGGGCAACAACCAGUUAACAUAAAUUUUGCCAACACUUCUGACCCGAAGUCACUAAAGGUUCGGAUCAAAGUUGGAUCAGAUAACUUGUCGACUCGAAAAAAGGCUGAAAUCUACAGUGGACUUGGCCUUGAUGUCUCUCCUUCAUCUUCAUUAGAAGCUAGUCCCUUAGAUAGCAAUGAUAUCUGCCAUGUGCCCCGUGACACCCCUCGUGAUGAAUCCCCCACUAGUAUUCUUGAGAUGAUGACGUCAUUUCCAGUUCUUGGGGGUUUAUUGUUAUCCCCUCUCCCCUAUAAUCUCUUAUUUUUGACGGAAAACGAAAAACGAGAGGAUAGUAGCUGCGGCUCUGUGCACAAACAAAGCCACGAAAGUACAUCUAAAGUUGAUAAGUUUAAUUAUAAGGCUGGGAAAUUUUUAUCUGAGAAGAAGCCAAAGAUCGAGAAUAAUUAUGCUCCAAUGGAACCAGUAACUGGAAAAAAUGUUACAAAGAAGGAAGCCGACAAUAAUUGGUCUGGUGAAGCACUUGUUUCCAACGCUUCAAAGCUUCCUAUAUCAGAUACACAGGGCAAUGCUUUGGAUUUUAGAAAAGGUGCUUUUAAGAGUGAACCAUCUGUUGUUCCAAAAGAAGAAUCUCCGGAUCCAGUUAACCAUGAUGAUUUUCGGAUAGAGAAACCUUACAAAAAGGAGCGUGUGGUUGGCAACUCAACGUCUGAUGAGAAGGUUGUUAAUUUGCCUACAAAAUCUGAGUCAGAUGUUUCAAAAAGUGGUAAAAUUGUUGAUAAUGGAUUGGCAAAGCCUCCAAAGCAGAAGGCUGCUCAAGGAGUUACAUCACAUGAAAAAGAUGCUUCAACACUGAUGAUGUCAUCUUCUGGAAGCAAAAAGAAAUCAAAUGGAAGACAAAGUUUGGAAAAUGGUUUUCAAGGUGUAGAGGAUUUGAAAAUGAAUAUGAAGAAUGAAUCUGCUUCCAAAAAUAAGAACCACCCUUACAAAUCAAAAGUGGAAGAUCCAAAACACAAUAACGGAAAAGCGAGGGAAACAUACAAAGAUUUCUUUGGGGAACUUGAUCCCGAACUUGAAGAUGGCGAUGACUUGCCAUUGGAGGAUAAGCCUUUGAUGGACAAGCCAAAGAACCAGAGAGUGACUGAAAAAGGUACUUUGGAAAGUAACGUUUUGUCAAAAGAUAGACUAAAUGGGAAAAAGGGUCCAAAACCAUCUUCGAUAGUACAUCCCGUAGCAGGCCCGGUGGGAAUUGGUGUGCCUGUUCCUGAUGGAACUUCUGCAACAGUGACUGCCGUAGUCAACGACGACUGGGUUUGCUGUGACAAAUGUGAGAAAUGGAGGCUUCUUCCACGCGGUGUAAAUCCAGGCAGCCUUCCUGAGAAAUGGCUCUGUAGCAUGCUUGAUUGGCUGCCUGGAAUGAAUCGGUGCAGCAUCAGUCAGGAGGAAACCACCAAGGCUAUGGCCACACACUUUCUUGGCCCGGCUCCUGCAGUUCAUGGUUUUCAGCCUGUGCAACCUGGAGCAUCUCAGUCAGAAUUGAUGAUGAUUGACCCUCUACACCUGGAUCAACGACACCAACCUUUUGGUCAACCAGUUGGUAUGAAGAAAAAGCAUGGAAUGAAAGAUCUACCAAACGAACCAAAGCCGGAAAGACCUUCUUUGUCUUCUAACUCUACAAAAAGGAACCUUCAAACCUCAAAUAAAACGAGAAGCCUAAAUGGAGCCAACCAGUCCCCCCUUGUUAUGGAACCGGAAUUUCAAGAUUCUGGACAGUCUAGUAGUUUGAUUACAGAAAAGCACAAAUUUAAGCAUAAAGAAAAGAAGAAACUACGUGAAAAUUUUGUGGAUGAAGGUAAUAAUGCUCUUCAUUUGAAGAUUAAGAACAGAAGAGAGGGCAGUCAAGAUAAUUCUAGAGAUUCCAAGAAAGUCAAAACGGAUGAUAAUUGUCGAACGGAUAAAGAUUGGACUUCUGACCAUGGUGGAGCUGUCUUUAAGGCAAUUAAUAGCUCCAAUGCUGAUUUACCUUUUAAGAAGGACCAUCGAAAAUAUGAUGACCGCCCCAAAGAUACAAAAUCUACUUCAAGAGAUUUGGGCAUAAACCACAAAAAUCAAAAUGAAUUAUGUGAGGAAAGAGAUGCUGCAAGAAAAAGGAAAUCUACUGAAUUUGAUGAUUCCCAGGUAGAAGAAACGAGUGAAACUGGACAGAAGAAGGGGAAAAAAGCGAAAAUACCCGAGUCCUGGGAGGAAGAAAAAGGUAGACUUCUAGAUAAUCCUAGAAGAGAUGUGCCUGUGCAUACUUCAUUGGCAGCGACUUCAAGCUCUUCGAAGGUUUCAGGCUCUCAUAGAACUAAAACCAAUAACCAUGAAGCAAAAGGGUCACCGGUGGAGUCAGUUUCUUCAUCUCCUUUAAGGAUCUUAAAUCCUGAUAAGUUUACAUCCUCAAGAAGGAACAUUGAAGGUGUUAAUAAUUCUCAAAAUCAUGGGAGUCCUAAAAAAGAUUGGGAGGACGAUAGAGGAAAUUACCGAUCAACCAAAAAUGGAUUAGAUGUAGUGGAAUCUUUAGAGAAGGUGGAAACUGUACCUUUUGCUGAAUUUGAACCCUUAGGGGCACAAACGCUAGUCAAAGGCCAUACCGCAGAAAGAAGAAAAAGUGGGAAAGGAUCAUCUUCAAGAUCUAAAGAAAAACAUAGGAGUUCUAAAUCUGAUAUUGAGAGGGUUAAUCUUAAAAAAUCUGAACGUACGAAUGAAAAUUCAAAUGUCCCUCCAUAUGAAGAAAAGUCAAAGGGGGGACGAAAUAGAUCUCAAGAUAAACUACCCGUUAAUUUCGAUAAGAUUGAAAAUGGGUCUGCUUUGAAUAAAGAAUCUUCUGUAAAACCACACUCAAUCCAGGAUUUAAAGCAAAAUCUUCCAAUUGAACGUGAUGGUGAAAGAUCUUCAAAAAAGGAUGUGUCUGGAAGAGUUAAACCGCACUCUUUACCACCUUCUGGUAAAGUUCAAAACGAAACCUCACGUCCUCCACAACCUUUUGUGGGUUCUCAUAAAGAAAAUGGUGAUAAGACUUUGUCAGUAGAUGGUGUCGAAGGUAGUGAUGCAUCAAAAGCGAUUAAGCAGAAAAAGAAAGCUGAAAAUCAGAAUGGAAAUCAGUCCUUGAGUACAAGACAUCCGACCCCAAACAGGAAUAGGGGAACCCCAAGUCCACUCAGACGGGAAUCAUCGAGUCAGGCUGCAAGUGCAAUAAAAGAAGCGAAAGCUCUGAAACACAUGGCUGAUCGUCUUAAGAAUAAUGGAUCAAAUCAUGAGAGUAAUUCGCUGUAUUUCCAGGCAGCCCUUAAGUUUCUUUAUGGAUCUUCUGUAUUAGAAUCUAAUUAUACCGAGAGUGGCAAACAUAGUGAUAUGAUUCAGUCUACGGGCAUGUACAGUAGUACUGCAAAACUUUGCGAGUAUGUUGCCCACGAAUAUGAGAAAUCGAAAGAAAUGGCUGCUGCAGCACUAGCAUACAAAUUAGCUGAGGUUGCAUACUUAAAGGUGGUUUAUUCAUCACAUACUAGUGCCUCGAAGGAUAGGCAGGAACUGCAAACGACUCUAACAGGUCCUACAGGCGAGUCUCCUUCUUCAUCCGCCUCCGAUAUCGAUAACUUGAACAACCCGGCUGUUGUUGACAAAGUUGCCCUACUCAAGGGUGUUAAUGAUCCUCAACUUGGUGGAAAUCAUGUAAUUGCUGCUCGAAGUAAACCCAACUUUUUGCGCAUUCUUAACUUUGCACAAGAUGUUAACUUUGCAAUGGAAGCUUCUAGGAGAUCUCAGAUUGCAUUUGCAGCCUCUGGGUCACAACCAGAACAUGCCAAUCAUAAGGAAGUAAUUAAACCAGCUCUUGAUUUCAACUUUCAAGACAUUGAAGGAUUAUUACAAAUUGUACGAGUUGCAAUGGAAGUAAUUAGCAAGUGAUUUCCUGGUAAUUGAUGCAUCUGGUGGAUCUCUCAGCUAUAAAUCGCGUGUUUAUCCAUUUGAAUCUUGCGGAUUUUCAAACGAGAAAAUUUCUGGUGGAUUUUUUGAACACCCUUUGUACAACUGUACAGUACUAGUUGAACUGCAUUACUUCCCAAUACAAAUAAGGAGUUAAGAUCCAAUUCUGAUCAAACAAAACCUGCAGAUUAAAGAUUUUGAUCAGAUUAGUGUUUGUUUUAGUGAGGAUGGUUUUGAAACAACAGUGAGAAAAGAUUAAUUCGUCGCUGUUAAUUUGUUAUCUUGAUUGUCAUUUGUAAAGCCUUGACGUCAAGUUUUUCUUUUCAAGUUGAUAUUCUGUAUAUAAUGGUGUCGUUGAGUUAGAUUACAUUCAGCAGUGGCGGAAAUUGUCGAGUAAAUACCUAAUGUAGCAUUGAAGAUGGUUGACAGGUAAGUGGUGGUCAAAUACCCUGACGAGGAUGAUAAUGAUGAUAAAGCAUAAUUUCUAUUGCAUUUUUGCUUGUAUAAAGAGAGGCCAACCGUAUGGACCUUAGAAGAAUAUGUAUGUAUGAGAGAAUGAGAUUCACGAAUUUGUUAUAAAAGCAUUGUGUUACAUGGGUGCAA